AGCCACUCCGAUACUUCAAAGUACCUCAUGUGUUGGGAAUGAUUAGUUCGUUCUCGGCCCUCGAUCCUCCAAGGCACCAAGAUCGAUUGCAUGUCGAUCUGCAAUUUCCAUUUCUCUUCAAGUUAAUUUGGACGCCGAGUAAGCAUCCGAGUAUCCAUUGAAGUCGAUAGUUUGAUAUAACGACCAGGAUGGGAUGCUCGUAUUCCACUCUACUUGCUGCGCUAUUUCAAUGCCUUAGCUCAUUGUCUUCUGUAUUCGUGUCGUUGUCGUGUUCGUGUGUCUAGACCGGUAGUUCGGCUAGUUACGACCCCCGCAUGAUGUCAGUGUACAUCCACGUGAGAUGCAGUUCUCGGCCAUCCCGAACGGGUUCCACUUGCACGCUUUCGUACUCUUCUUCCAGCUCUCCUAAGCACUUGACGUUUACUACGUCCUGCCCCCGUCCUCAUGGAGGGCGCUGUAUAUCACGAGGAGCGACGACUGGUGCCCCAGUGGUCGCCAGAGCUCGUGGCGCUGUCGUACUGCAUAUCCUGGCUUGGCGCGUAUACCAGCACACAGAUUAUAAUUCACGCAAAAUACACUCGUCGGACAGCCAUAAAAUGGCUCUGGACAUGUCUUGCUAGUGUUGCAUUUGGCUUUAGUGCGAUAUGGUCCAUGCACUUUGGCAGGACGAUUUUGCUUUUACCGCCCUCGUCUUUUCCCCUUAUUUUAUUGGUUCCCAUGUCCAUUUACUAAUAUCUUCGUUCCGCAGUGGGUAUGCUGGCUUGUCGUUUGGACGUCAAGAUCAUAUUCAACAUCCCUCUUACCAUUUUUUCCGCACUUAUUGCCGUUAUCUUCACGUUUGCUGCCCUAUCUAGUGCCUACGUUUCGGACUCUAUUGAAAGUUCGAAAUUUGCCCUUACUCUGGCUCGAUGGGGUCAAUCCAUAAAGACCAAAACAUCGAAAUGCCUAUUCUCAAAGCGACAGCGUGACUUGGAAGCCGAUGGGUACAUUCCGGUCAGCAGCUCCUCUGACGCGGGUGGUGAUGUGGUGCCCAGGAUCGACACCGUUAAUGAUGUCGCUGAACAAGGAGAUCGCGAUGAAGAUGAACACGAAGAGAAUAUAGGCCAUCUUCCCCGUGGACGUUCACCAUCGCCUUCGUUCACCAUCGAGGCGUUGGAGCAUGACAGGAUCCAAAUGCCUGUUCUCGGGUCACGUUCGACGUCGCCUGUGCUGAAUUCUCAUUUUCAAGAUUGUCCGCGAACUCCGCCUUUGCUCCGGAACUCCAUUAGCUUUCCUUAUGCUCCUGCUUCUCCGUCACUACAUCGUCCACCCCCUCAACCAUUGCCUCCUUCAGUCAUCAACAAUAAUCCAAACACGCCGUCUGACUCACUAAGCACAGAUGAAUCGGGUUCUCAUUCGCCGUCAAGAUCAAACUCGUCGGACUCUCAGACCGUUUCCUUGUCUGGCACCACAGUUUCAGGAGCAGCAUGGAACGAGUCUCUUCAUGCUGGCUUGAGUCGAGAAGCCCGCAUGCGAAUCAAAGCCCAGGCGAGGGAUCGACCAAUGCCAACAUUUGGGUGGCGGUAUUGGUUGAAGACACACUAUAAUACUAUCUCAUUCUUGGUGAUCAUCCGAGCAGCUGCAUGGGCCCUCGCUAUCGUCUUCAUGCAUUACGCUGGAAUGUGGUCGAUGGUAAUUCCAGAAGGCUAUAUCUCCUGGAACCUAGGCCUAGUCGUGCUUUCAUAUGCCGUAGCCUUCGCCGUCUGUUUCGUCGCCUGCAUCGCCAUGGUACAUAUGGAAGUUCACUUUGGUCGUCAAGUUGCCUUCAGCACCAUCGCCGCAGCAGGGUGUUGCUCCAUGCAUUAUACAGGCAUGGCUGCAGCGACGUUCCACACCCGCGCUCCUCCUGAUCCGGAUGCCGGUUAUCCUGCGUACCUGCCCUUUGCUAUCGUCGGAAUCGCGCUUUUCGUUUGUGUGAUCUCAAAUGUGGUACUGGCUCACGCGGCCAUCACGUCUAGGAAUAGAAUGGCCGAAAUGAUUCUGACGAGGAGGAGGCUUUGGAGAAUAAUGGCUGAGAAGGAGGCUGCAGAGCAAGCUAAUGAGUUAAAGCAACAAUUCAUCAGUGUUGCGAGUCAUGAGAUUCGUACUCCGCUUCACGCUGUCAAUGGUUACUGCGAACUCCUCUCAACAACGAAGCUAACUGAAGAACAAGCUCUCUAUGUCACGAGUAUCCAGCAAGCAUGCCAUGCUAUCAACGUCAUUGCAGGAAACGUCCUUGAUUUCAGCAAACUGGACAGGAACAAUGUGGAACUUUCUGCGCGUCCUGUUCUUGUUGACUUGAGGACAAUGGUCGAGAACCUGGCGCGAAUCACGGAGACCAAAGGCAUGCAACCUGGGGUUCCUGGCGUCGAUGUCAUUGUAUCCGUGACGGAUGACGUACCUCCUUCAGUGUAUCUGGACGAGACCUAUACAUUUCGGAUUCUAAUGAAUCUUCUCUCAAAUGCUCAGAAGUUCUGCGAUUCUGGGUUCAUCUGCGUUCAGGUAUCGAUGGGUGCCAGUGAUCAGGUCGUCAUCAAAGUCAGUGAUACCGGCUGCGGAAUACCCAAAUCCUUCCGUAGUGCCCUGUUCCAGCCUUUCCGUCAAGCAGAUACUUCUCUUACCAGACCUAGACAAGGCACUGGACUCGGCCUAAGCAUUGUCAAGCAUCUUCUUCAGCGAAUGAAUGGUACCAUCGAUGUCGAGUCAGCAGAGGGCGAAGGGACAACCUUCACCAUCAAAUUACCUAUAUCGGUACCUAACCAGACUCCUCCAGCCAAUAUCAAACGAUCGCGGCCGAGAAAGAAGAUCAAGGUGAUAUACCGUCAUGCAAAGACUGCGAAGCUGUACCUCGAGUUGUUCAAUCAGUUCGGUCUCUCCGCUACUCUGGGAGACAGCCAAUCAUCCUUGUCAGAUCUUGUCAAGGACACGGAUCUGAUCUGGACCGACGUUGAAACUGUACAUUCGUCGAAGGGCCUUCGCGAUUUCAUGACUGCCACGGAUUGGCAAUCGAAUUCGCCCUUAUUUCUAGUGCACUCUGACGCGAUGGAAUUGAAGACUUUGGAGCCUUCACUGUCAUCUGCUUAUGGCGUUGUUCUCGUCAAACGUCCGAUUGUCAUACACGGAUUGUUAGAUGUGUUGGAUGAUCCAACACCUCACCAAGGGCAACACAUCAAGCCGAUGUCUGCAAAAGUUCGGUUCGCGCUGCCUAAUGACCACAAAUCCACUUCGAUGGCGCAGGAGAAAGAGAACGGGAUCGAGGUGGACCAUUUCCCGGUGCCACUUUCUCCUCUUUCGCCGAACAUUCCGCAUGCAACCGGUGAGCCAUCAGGAAAAGGUCGAGUUCUCCUAGUGGAAGAUAAUCUGGUCAGUCAACAUAUAGGACGUCAAUUCCUCAAGAAACUUGGCUAUGAGGUCGUCACAGCCAAUGAUGGCCAGGAUGCCAUAGAAAAGGUCAAAACCAGUUCGUUCACGUGCUGCCUGAUGGAUUGCCAGAUGCCCAUAUUAGAUGGAUUCGCCUCUACUGCCAGGAUUCGAGAACUAGAAAACAGUGGGACAAUCUCUGGCAGAUUGCCUAUCAUCGCUCUCACUGCGAACGUCAGUAGCGAUAACGAAGACAAAUGUAGAGUAUCCGGCAUGGAUUACUUCCUUGCGAAACCCCUCAAAUUACAAGAUCUUCAAACUGCUGUAGAACGAUUCUCACGAGAUUCAUAACAAGAUACCCCACCAUUAUCUCUUUUCGAUUUUCCGCCGUGUCACCCGCUCUCUUGUUGCUUCAUCUUAUAGUCUGUACAUUUCACCGCUGCGUAUCCUCCAUCCUCUAUCAUCUAUCUUCAUGUCUCUUGGUUUGUCCUAUCUAGCAUUGCUGUCCACUUCACGCCUCUCUCUAGCAUUCUACAUAUAUGCUUUCUAGUUUCUUGGUUUCUCACUUUCGUUUCUUGUUUGACUCGUCCUGCUUUGUUACCUUAUCGUUCGACCCUCUGGAACUUUGGACAUCGGAGUGUAUAUUAUGUAUGUGUAGAUCGUAGCAUAAGUACCCUCAUCUCACGGAAUUGGCAUCUCAUACUAUGUUCUCCCGAGGAUACGGAACACUGAGAGUCAAUGUUGCCAAUGGCAGGA